CUUCUCCAUAAGACCCGAUACACAUAGCGCUAUUGCUACUGAGCGUAAACCUUUCACUGUAUAAGAAUGGAUUCUGAUAAGUGGUUGAAUCUCAGCACGUGGUUCAUUAUAGUGAGAUUAUUACGACUGCAUUAUGAAUUAUUACAGCCAUAAUCACAUGUUUUAUUUUAGUGAAUUCGUUUCGUAGCUAUCGAUAGCAGACUUUGACAAGUGAAUGUUUGUGGUUUUACUGGGAAAUGUAUGAAACGAACUUUGAUGAUAUGGGUUAAAGAGAGUCUAUACUAAAUUUACAAAAAAUACAAUCUAUCAUACGCAAACAACAUUAUUAUUUUGUGGAAUAAGCGCACAAUUUUAGAGGUUUAAGAUUCUUUAUGUGGUAUGAUUUAAUAUGAUACAAUCUAUAACACUAGAGCUAAGGCCUAGGCUCCAGAUAUGCAAUGCUUUCAUUCAUUUACAAAAAGAAGUAAAUUCAGCAAAAGUUAGAAUAAAGCUUUUGGAAGAGAGUAUAGAGAUAACAAUAGAGAAUAAAACAGUCAAGUUUUUAACAAAAUUUAUAAAAUUAAUACCAAAUUCAUUGUCUGCAUUAAAUGUAGUAAAUGAUUGGAUUUGUUUCCGUGUGCAAACAGGAUCGAAUUCUAUUUAUGGAUCUUUUCAAACAGAAAUACUUAUUAAUUCAACAGCAAUGAUUACUUCAAUAAAAUUUCCUUUGGAAAACACUGAAUUACUUAAUACAUCAGAUUGCAAUAUAUUAUGUACAUACUGUAAAACAAUUCUUUCUAAGAAAAUAGUUGUCAAAAGGGUGUUGCCCAUACCAGAUGCAAAGUAUGAUCCAAAUGAAUGGUUUUGCUGUAACCACAAUCAUGAUAAUAUUACACAAAAUUUGGUGCCAUUAGAAUCUGACAUUUUUUAUGGACCACUUUUUUUUGUUAUACAUGCAAGUUUGUUUAAUAACAAUUUAAAGAUAGAUGGAAAUACUAUCAUUUGUAAUAGAUGCUUGCAAUACUUGGGAAAAGUUGAUACAAAUACUUCACUUAAACUGUGGAGUUGUUCUAUAGAUUACAAUUUAUUAAGUAACUCAACAACAAAAAAUGCAACAGAUCCCUUUACUGAUUUUUUAAUAGCUAUUAAGACCUCUAUGACUGGUAUGCUUGGAGAAGAAAUAAUUUUGCAAUCUUCCAUGGGAAAGGACAUUCAUUCCCUCAUUCUAAAACCUAUGGACUGGCACUUGAACUUAAUGAUAGAGCCUAAGACAAUUUCACAUAAUAAUACUAUAACUUUGCAAACAAUAUCCAUUGUUAAAGUAUUAUAUAAAUACGAGACAAGUAAAAGUAUUGUUGACUUUACAAAUCAAACAUACUGUGAAGUAGGAUUUCUAGUGAUAAAAGCAGGCUUAGAGCAUUUGUUAUUGUCAACAAAACGAUUUCCACAAUUUCAUAGAGCUGCAUCUGACUAUUAUAUCGGACAUAUAUAUUUGGAAAAACCUGCAAAUGAGACUUAAAUGUAUUUAUGAUUUUGUGGAAAGAAAAUUUGGACUGUUACAUAGAUGUACUACACAUAUGUUUCACUCAUUUUUCAAUACAAAAAAUAUUAUCAUAAUCAUAAUUUAAACUUGAUAUGUAUGUAUUAUCUGAAUACAUGAAUAAAAUUAUAUUUUAUUAGAAA